AUGAAGAGAAAAAAAGAGGAUUAAGAGCACGUUUCAAGAAAAGAGAUCCUUAUCACUAACUUGUGUUACUUGACCCGAGCGCUCGUAAAGAACAACAUAAUCAAAUAAAAUGGUUAUAUUGUCCUGCUAACUUUGGAAUAUUUAAUGAUGCUUUUUACCACAUUAAGACUAGCAGAUGUAAAUACUUUUCAAGAUGUUUUUGGUUCCAUAGAAUCCUUUUUAGAUGUUGGAAUAGACGAUAAUCAAACUCAGAUUACUUCAGAUACUCCAGCAAGGAUUGUUUGUGUUGUUCUGUGCACAUUUGAAUUAACGCUUACUAUUAUUUAUGCACUUAAAUACUUCAAUAUGGAAGUACCAAAUGACGAAGUGCAAUGGUCAUAUAAUUAAUCUGGAGGCAUCUACUUUAAGUUACUUUUAUAGUUUAUUCUAUGUACCUAAGAGUUAUAUAGACCUAGACUAACUGAGAGAGCAGUGACUAUUACAAUAUUACUUAUAGUUAUGGCAGUUUAGGUAUUAAUAAUUGUCUACAGAAUAAAUACUCCAAACAUAUUCAAUUAAACCAUUCACAAUUACACACUACUUCUAGAAUCUUCAUAUGUUGCCUUGACUUUUAUUGGCCUAGUGGCACUCUUAACUGGCAGGGAUAUAUUCUCAACUCUAGCAUACCUACUUAUAUUCAUCCCGAUAAUGGUUAAGAUCAUAUUCUUUGCAGAUUAGCAUAGAAAGCACCAAGUACUCUUUAAAUUAAAGAAUGAAGAUUCAUUAUCAAAGAAUGAGUACCUUAUAUGCUUGACCCAUGUUCUGAAAAUGAUCAAAAGACAAUCAGAAACUGAUCUAGCUCAGCUAAUGAGUUUCACUUAUCAGCAUAAAUUGAGUUGCUAUAAUACUUAAUGCAUCUGCUAAUUUUUCACCUAAUACUGCUAAGAUCCGCAAGGCUAUCUAGAUGAUGGAGUAAAGUUAAUCUAAAUACAAGAUGAAGGGAUCAAAGAUUUUUUGGAGGAUUAAAUAAGCUAAAGUCGAGACAAUGAAAGCUAAGCAUAAUCACAAGUCUUAGGAGAUAAUUCUUAUCUAGUGGAAAGUACCAUUAAUGGUAUUAUUUCAAACAUUGACAUACUGAAUUCCAAUAUGAUGAAUGACCUAACACAAACAGAGCAAACAAGAAACAAUUUAUCAUAGAGCAAUAUGAACACAGCCAAUAAUAUUCAAAAUAACAAUAACAUUAACAACAUAGAUAAUAUGGCUACUGAUGAAAGAGCUUAGCUGGGUAAUGACCCAGGUGAACUAGGUUUAAUGGGUUUCUUCAAUAGAGGGUAUAUCCUUAGAGGAGCAGCUUACAGCAGCUAUGACAAAACAAUGUUCAAGUUAUUGGAGAAGAAGACGUGCAAAAAUACCUCGUUUUCUUUGAUUUCAAUAUAUUUCUAGUAUGCAUAUUAGCAUAACAUCUAUUAGGCAGUGUUUGCUAUCGUAAAAGCAGCUCGUAGCUAGAAACGAUCCUUAACUCAAAGGCUUCAGUUUUCAGUUACAGAGUUCUACCUACUUGAACUAAUUUUAUCUGAAUUCAAAGUUACGAAUUCAAAAGAAGAACUCAACUAUUCGGAUUUCAUUGAGAGGAAUCAAAUGCAAUAGAAUUUAGACUGGCUUUUUGAAGACACCAGCAGUGAUAUUAUUAAUUUUUGGAAGAUUUUCAAAGAGGAACAAGCGAAUGUCUAAAAAGCCUACGUAAUGGGACUGUAAAUAAGUCAAAAUAUAAGUUAGAUAAGAGAUUUCACAAAGAAACUAGAGGAGUCAUAAAUGAUAAAAGACUACAACAAAUACUAUUAUUACGCCAUGUUUUACUAGAACUUAUUAAAUGAUAAGUAAAACUACAAUCAAAUGAUUGGAAACUUGAAAAACCAAUUAAUGAUAAGAAAUAUGAGAAAGAAAAACUCGAGGUUUGGUUAAAUAACAGAUAUCAAUGAUCUUGGGUUCGCAAUAAUAUCAUUUGAGGAUGAUAAAACGCUUGGCAAGUUUAAAUAUGCAAAUAGAGUAGCAUGCUAGCUGCUUAAUACUGAUGAAGAAGCAAUUAUUGAAAAAAGCGUUAAGUAGAUCAUGCCUGAGUUAAUCUGCCACAAUCAUGAACUUUUUAUUAGGAGAUUUUUAGCGGAGGGGCUUCCUAGGUUUAUUGGAAGAGUAAGAACUAUUUUCAUCAAAGAUUUCUCAGGCUACAUUAAGCCAGUGUAGUUUUAUAUAAACUUUCACUAUAACUCGAAAUUCUCAUAUAGUUUUAUACUCCACAUUGAUCCGAUAAGUUCUAUAACAUUCCAAAAUCAUCAAGUGAUACCAAUGAAGCAUGUAUUUGUUAUAAUUUCUGAUUUUCAUUCGAAUAUUCAAAACAUCUGCUUAAAUACUAAGAAGCUGACUGGGUUAACAUAGAAAACAAUGAAAGUACAGGAGGAGAUACUUGGAAGGAAAGUUAGAAUGGAAGAUGUAAUAUUUUAAAUUGGCAGAUUAGAAUAGUUCCUUAUAGAUAAUAGGUCUAACUACAUGAAUAAUCAGAUAGUGAAGGUACGAACUUUCAAUAAUAGCAAUGACUAAAAUUAUAUCACCUGUUCCCUUCAAUAUGAGGAGAUUACGUACUUGAAAGGAAGCCCUAGUGAAUUUAAGGAGAGAGUAUAUUUGUUUAUUCCAGUUUCUAAGAUACCAGAAUAUGAUAAUACAAGCAUGAUAAGCUCUAACAAUAUUAACAAUUCUCAAUUUUAGUCAAGCCAAAAUAAUUCUGGAUAGGAAAAUCAAGGCAUCUUUAGUUCCUUUUACUUUACUUAAAGCGUUGAAGUAAACAUAGCCAACGAUGAUAAAUUUGGUUCAAUGUCAUAGAGCCGUUCCUCCAAGUCAAGCUCUACAGUGACUACUUCCUCAUCCUUAAGUUAUACUAAAGGAAUGCUUUUCUAGCAAAAAUCCCCUAAGAUACUGAAAAUCUAUCUAUAUAUUGUUUUCGGUGUGCUUUUCUCAUUCAUUACUGUGAGUUCGAUAAACUUUAUUAUCUAUAUUCAAAAGAAAAACCUAGUAAACCUACAGAUAAAGUUUAACAAUCUCAUUAACUAGAGAAAUACCUGUCUUAUUCAAACACUUUCUAAUCUGAAAUCCCUGCACUUAAUUUCAGCAGAUCAAACUAAGAAUUCAAAAGUUAAUAUAUCUAAUAUCAUCCCGAAUAUCAAUAGAUUUGAUUACUACAAUUAGUACAUAAUUCAGAAUUCUCUUUAGUUGCUAGAUUAUCAUGAGGAAUUUAAGUCUCUUUCACAAAGAUAUGAGACAUUGGGGACUUAAUCUAACUCAGAUUUGUUCACGAGUAUUAAUCUAAAAUACCUAAGCAAAAAUAAUCAGGUUUACACUUAAAACAAUUCAUUAGAUUACGGAUUGUCUCUUAUAGUAUCAAAUAUUGGAAUGAUAACUUUGAAGGAUUUACUUGCAGAAAAGUUACCAAUGAAUCUUCAAGAUUUGAUUCUCAAAAAUAUAAAAAGUAAUCAAACAGCAUCGGAUCUUUUAAGAAACAUUUACUUCGUUUUUGAGAAUGGAAUGAAUGAACUGAAUUAUCUUGGGGCAUUAUAGGAGUAGUAUAUUCAAAGAAAUACAAAAAAUACUUCUGAUGAGAGCAAGCUAUACAUAAAUUUAAUGAGCUUCAUAUCAAUCGGUAUAAUUACUCUAAUAGGGGUAUUUACCUUUCCCCUUCUGGGAAGAAUAGAAGAACGAAAGAUUAGUGUACUUAAAUUCUUUAACCUCCUCAAUCUUGAACAAAUCCAAAAUCAGAUUAAUAUGGGUCGUGAGUUCUAAGAAGAAUUCAACAAUCUUUCAAGGAAUAUGAAUCAGAACAAAAACAAAAAUGAAUAUUUAGAAAAUGAUGAAGAUUAUUACGUAGAAGAUGAUAGUGAAGAGUAUGACUAAUAGACGAUGUAGCAAAUUGAAAAUAACUUAGACAAGAAGGGGAGCUUAAAAAUCUAGCAUUUAUCUGUAAAUAACAAAAAGAUAAAUUAAGACUUAGUAGAGGUUGAGGAUAUAUCAUUUGAUGAUGUUAGGGAUCAAACAAACAGUCGUGAGUAAUUUUUUAAAGCAAUAGUCUAAAAUGAAAAUGAAGAGGAGAACAAGAAAAUCAACGAUGAGCAAUCAGAUGAUGAAAUAUUUGAUACAAACAGAAUAAUGAAACACAGAGUCAAAUUCACUGAAUAGACGAAAGAAAUGAAAAAUAGUAAUGGCAUUACAGUAUCAUUUGCACCUGUUUCAGAUUAAUAGGCUACAUUUUAGCCUAAGAAAAAGAGUACUUAAGGGUUGAGAUAAAAGAAAUCACCAAAAAAAUCAAGAAGAAACUCAGAAGAGAAAUAUACCUCAAUGUUUGAUAUUCAAAAACUUUUUAAAAAGAUUUAGCAGAAUGAGGCAAAAUAAAUAAAAAUAUCAGAAAUGAGAAAAAUGGGUUCAACUGACAAAGAAAUCUCAGAGGAAUUAAAGCAAAAAGAUGAAGAAAUGAAACUUAAAAAGUAGAAGAAAGAAUUAUCAGACAGCAAAUAAUAAACUCUCAAAGAUGAUAUUAAAAGUAGUAAAUUGUAGAAUGUCUUCUAGAAUCCUGGAGGUAAUAAAAGAAGUAACAUUAUGCAGAAAGCUAAUGAAGAAAUGAAAGAAGAAUAAACAAAAGUUGGAAAAUUAAAACACAAUUCUAAGCAAUAAAAAAAGUAAUCUAAUCUGAAGAUUGAUAGGUCUAUAAAAAUGCAGCCUCUAUUUAAAGCAAAAUAACCAAAUUAAAUGAAUGAGAUUAAAGAGGAUGACUCUGAAAGUAAAAAUUCUGAUGAUGAAAAUCAAUAGAAUAAAGAUCCAAAGAAUAAUAAAUAUAAUAUCAGCAAAGCUGAAACAGCCUUGAGAUAAUUGACUAGUAGAACAGAGUAUAUUCAGGAUUAGCUUGAGAAAAUAGCUCUCAAAGAAAAGUUAAAGCUAGCUUUGUAUGUUAUUUUCGUUCUUAUAUUCCUGAAUUCGAAUCUAAUUGCCAGUUACUAUAUCGGUUAAAAGACAUUUAGUGAAGAUUCUGAAGCUCUUAACGUUCUAGCAACAUUUUAUCAUAAGGAAAAUUAUCUUGAUAAUCUCAUAUUCUUCACACAGGAAGAAUUUAUUUAGAAUAAAACAAUAAUCAUUAAUGGGACAGAUGCAGCAGAUCAUUAUCUUUAACAAUCUCAGACCAAUGAGCAAGGCUACAAUAAUAUUCGGAAAAGCUACCCUAUAUUCUUGUCGAAUAUUUAGGACUAGAUAGACAAAUUAGAGUCUAACGAGAUUUGCAAGACUGUCUUUGAAACUAACCUUACCAAGCAGGAAUCUUGCAAGACAGCCUAUGACUCUAUUUUCUAAAGAGGUUUGACCUCUACUCUAUACAUGAUUUUCACAUACACCUAAAAUCUUUAAGUAAGAUUUACUAAGGAGAUCAGAACUCAAUAAUUCCUAACUGAUAGGAUUGGAGAUCCUAAGCUAAAAGAUCUAGUUGACUUAUUUAAUGAGUAUUUGCAUGAUGCACUUAAUUACUUGGAAGAAUUGGUAACGAAAGCUGCUAUUGAAUAUUUUGAUUAGCUAUCUCAACAAUAUCUCAUUCUAUACACUGCCUAUAUUGGCGUGUCAAUAAUUCUUUGCUUCUUUUUCGGCUUUUAUGUAUUCAAGAAGCUGAAAUAACAAGUAAUGACUUCUACUAAUAUUUUAGCGAUUAUACCCUUAGAGGAUUUGGAAAAUAAAGAUAGAGUCAAAAUUGAAGCAUUCCUAAAUUAAUGA